ACCACCAGUGGGCGCCGCGUGUAGAUAACCGCUGCCCCUCUGUGUAGCCGUGGUCGGCCGAUGACAUCGAUGUGAAUCGCGGCGGGCGGGGGAACCGCAAAAGCUCGAAAUAGGCACCUACAAGGUAAAAUUGUCCAUGGCCGCGACACCGCACCGGCUGCUCCGCCAGGGCGGCCUUCUUCUGAUCGCCUUCGUCGCCCUACAAAAAGCAGAAGCAGCAAGCAUCGACGAACCCAUCAACCCUAGGGAGUACCGCGCCCGAAGCGACGUCGGCGUCGCGCAGCCGCUCUUCAGAAGCGCCAGCCGGUGGAUGUUCGGCGCCAGUAACGAAGCCAGCCUGCGCCAGCAAGCGAAUGAGGGCGGUAGCAGCGACGCACGAGCACACCAGCAACCAUCUGCAAGCGUGGAGCAAGGUAUGCCCCGAGUGGAACCCCAUACCUCCUUCCAUGCCGAACAGGGCAGUGUACGUGUGAGUAACAGCGAACAGAGGCGCCCGCGACCAGGUCGGGCAUACGUCAUAACAGAGCAAGAGGGCGGAGACAAUAGCAACGGCGUCGCCGUCGGGCAGAGCUUACAGCUGCAGCAACAGCAGCAGCAACGAGCGGACGACAGCUUCCUGGACGAGGUCAUCAAGAGCGCCAUGGCGGGUAAACACGGCAGCGGAAGCACUGCUAUAAGGCCUGUCGUCUUGUCUGACCGCGGCGGCCCUGUCUUGAACGCGGCCGCCGCGCGGGCUUCCGGCAACUCGACCAAGCUGUACAACGUGAGCAACGCCCAGAAGGUGGUCGGUGACGAACACCCCAUGGAGUUGGGCAAGGUCAAGAUCCGGCCCGCGCACGUAGUGCUCUCCAACAACGACACGCUGCAGCUCGAGUGCUUCGUCGGCUACAACACGCACGCGUCGGUCUCGUGGACGCUCAACGACCGCGUCCUGCUCGAGGUGGACGAGUCCAAGAUCCAGACCAUAGAUUACAAGGGCGUCAAAGUCAUGGUUUCCUCCAUCCUCAUCCGCAACGUGCUCAAGCUACCCACUUUCAAGGAGAUCUACGUCUUCAAGUGCAUCUACCUGUUCGACGACGAGAUGCAGACGGCGCAGAGCGUCGUGCACGCCCGCGUCACCGACGACUGCCAGACGGACCAGGAGUGCGCGCCCAGAAACGCGCGCUGCGUCAACAGCCGCUGCACGUGCGCCAGCACCCAGUACCCAGUGAAGCUGCAGUCCGUACACACCACGUGCCGCGUCGAGGCCUUCCUGGAGACCGAGUGCCUCUACGACGAGCAGUGCGAGAACGUCGAGCCCAAGAGCGAGUGCACGGUCCACCACUGGUGCGCCUGCAUCCACGGCUACGCCAGGGACGCCUGGAGCAACUGCCUGCCCAAGAGCACGGGACUGAGGACCCGGUGCAACUCGGACCGCGACUGCGCCGACCUCGGCGCCAACUGCGUGCUUAGCCACUGCUCCUGUCUGGGCGACCUGGAAGAGCGCAGCGGCAAGUGCGUCGCCAGGAACAAGCCCACGGACGAGCUCCUCAGGCGGAGUCUGGUGGCCAAGGUCACGCAGAACGUUGCGUCGCCGCAGUACGCCGCGGCUUUCGCGCUGUCCUCGACGGUGGCGGCUACCCUAGCGCAUUGUCUCCUCCUGAGGCUGCUCACUCCGGAGUAGACCAUAUAAAGACCGUCUACCGACGAGAU